UCCACAGAGUAUAUCAAAGGCUGCUUAAACAAACUUCAUCAUUUUAUUUGGUCUCUUUCAAUUACGACAAUGGCAUCAACAAACAACCUUACAGGUUAUUUGAAAGAAUUUGGGUUGACAGUUAAUGAGGUAAUGGCAAUGUAUGACGACCUCCUAUUUUGUCCGAAGAAAAAGACGCAUGAGUAUGCCCAAAUGUUUUACAAGUAUAUUGAGCCGUGUAUAAUCUUACUUUGUUUGAUUUGGCAUAUAAAUUUGAUCCGAAUAAUGAAGAAAACAGAAGAUUUCAUUAAAAAGUACGGAUUCAUGGUUCUUUACACAAGUCUUGAUUUACUUGGCCUAACCAUCCAAGACGCGUUUUUCAUAGCUUUCCUUACCCGACAAGAGAAUUAUGUAGAAUAUAAUUGGUGUUAUGCUUAUCAGGUCGGUACUGUUAUUGGAGCACAUUUUUUAGUUCGAACCUCACUUUGGAUAAAAAUGAUGCACAGUUACCAGAUAUUCAUUAUAGUUUACAAGCCAUUGACGUACAGACGGUACUUUAAUCGACGUAUAGUAUCUGUAUAUAUGGGGUUGGUGUUUUCUUUAUCAUUCACUUUAAGUCUUUUUUAUUUCCUUGAUCUCGAAUUUGAGAAAAUAUAUGUAAAUGACAAAAAUUCAAAUCAAUUCGUCGAAGUAUGUAGAGAUCCUCAAACGUUUUCUGUGAAUUUGGCUAAUAAGGCAAAAUACAAAGUCGAUCUUGAGAUAGCCGAUUACAUUUGUUCAGCGGCGCUUCCAUUCAUUUCCCUAACGAUCUUUUGUAUAUCAAUUGUAAGGGUAGUUAAAAAACAGACAAAACUUUGGAAGAUGGAAAACAAAAACAUAACGGCAAGAGAAAAGUCUACAAAUAGAUUGGUAAAGGUCAAUGUUUUAUCCUUUGUAUUUUCUGCUGUACUCCUGUCACCAAGGCUUAUACUUUCCGCAAUCAAAAUGUUUACACAGUUUGGAUCAUCGAUGCUAUAUAUUAUAUUAUACUCCAGCUUUAUUUUUAAGCUUUCUUAUAUCUUUUGCGUUCCGAUUACACUUCUUAUGUUUACUUGGCUUUCUACGCCAUUUCGAAAUGGUAUUAAAAAAGCAUGGACAAGGAUAACUAAAUGUUGCAGGAAGAACCCAAGCAGUGUUUCAGAAGAAACAACGACUACCAAUAAAGUAUCAGAAAAAACCAAGAAAAACCAAGAAAAAACAAUGACUACCAGUAAAGUGUAAGAAAAAACAAUGUCUACAAGUCAAGUUUCAGAAAAAAACAGAAUGUUGGUGUGUCUCAUCAAAUUGAUUGUAUUUUGUUUAUAUCUUAAUGUCUUUGUCAA